ACAACUGCUCUACAGAUAGCACUCAUUGAAGUGAUUAAAGCCCUCGACAUCACACCCGACGGCAUAAUCGGCCACUCGUUUGGUGAGAUCGCCUGCGCUUACGCUGACGGGUGUCUGUCCACAAGACAGGCGAUGCUUAUGUCGUAUUUUAGAGGUUCGUCGACAUUAGGCAACGAUGAUAUCCCCAAGGGUUUGAUGGCAGUCGUGGGGCUGUCCCGGGAUGAGGCGCUCAAAUGGUGUCCAAAUGGAGUAUCCAUUGCCUGUAAUAACGCUAAGGAAAGUGUUGUCGUUACAGUAUGGAAAGGGUAUAUCCCUAAUCCUAAGCUUAGAUCAGACAAAUGGCUGUCCACUUGCAUACUAACUGAGUCGUGUGAUGAGAUGUUGAAGUAUGGAUCGGCCGAGUAUUUUGUGUAUAAUAUGCUAAAUGAGGUUCACUUCUAUGAACGCCUACAACAACUGCCAUCCAAUGCCAUAGUCCUAGAGCUGAGUCCUCACCCGAUAUUUGUGCGAUCGGUGACCGAAACACUGGAAAACUCGACAUUUAUAUCGCUAUUGAAAAAGGACUCAAACCAUACAAAUCUGGAUCUGUUUUUCUCGGGUUUGGCAAAGCUUUACGAAUUAGGUAUCAAUUUGUCAAUCGAUAAGCUCUACCCACGAGUGGAGUGGCCGGUGGCCAGGAAUACACACCUACAACAACUGCCAUCCAAUGCCAUAGUCCUAGAGCUGAGUCCUCACCCGAUAUUUGUGCGAUCGGUGACCGAAACACUGGAAAACUCGACAUUUAUAUCGCUAUUGAAAAAAGACUCAAACCAUACAAAUCUGGAUCUGUUUUUAUCGGGUUUGGCAAAGCUUUACGAAUUGGGUAUCAAUUUGUCGAUCGAUAGACUAUACCCACGAGUGGAGUGGCCGGUGGCCAGGAAUACACAGUCUAUCGGUUCACUCAUCAAAUGGGAUCAUAGCUUCAAAUACUCGCAUAAAUUAUAUCCCGAAAACUACAACCGAUUCAAUGCCUCGGAUAUGAAUAUAUACGUCGACCCCAUCGCCAAAGAGGACGCCUUUUAUUUGGAUCAUAGUCUCAAUGGUAGAGCUAUAUUCCCAGGGGCCGGGUAUCUGAUGCUGGCCUGGCGUAUGCUGGCGGCAGGUCGGGGCCGUAUAUGGUAUCAGUUGCCAGUGAUCUUUGAAAACAUUCACUUCAAGUCGUUUAUAUUGCUAUCGCAGACAUCAGUAACUCAUAUUAAAGUCAAAUUAUUUCCAACAACAGAUGAGUUUGUAGUGAUUGAUAGCAAUGGGAAUGUAUGUGUGUCCGGUACUGUUAGAGCACCAGGCGAUGGAAUGGUACUCACCUCACAGUAUAAGAUAAAUAGUGGUAAUGGACAAGACGUGAAUGGAUGCGAGUAUACACUCGGAAGGGAUGACAUCUACAAAAAGAUGCGAAUCUUAGGCUACGAUUACGGACCAGAGUUUCAACGGCUAUGUAAAGUCGAGACAAAUGAUUUCCACGAGAUUUACGGCAUAUGCGAGUGGACCGGAAAUUGUGUCACAUUUUUGGACGGGUUGUUACAGUCGAUGAUAGUUUCGGCCCAUUAUCGUAAGCUAAUGGUGCCGGUGAUGAUGAGACGACUCCGAGUGGAUCCAAUGGGUAAUGAUGAUAAUAUUGUAGAUAAAGUGGUUGAUAGGAAUGUCUACCGUUUUGCGCUAAUGUCUGCUGACAUUCCUUUCAAUUAUAACAAUAAAACUAAACAUUUGAUAUCAUAUGGAGUGGAAGUGGAGGGAAUGUCUGUACAACCCAUAGCCAGCCCUACCGAUGACACAGAUGUAGUGCUCGACUCGUAUGAAUUCAUAGCCAAUGAUGAUAUCAAUGCUAUCGAUGAGUGUCUAAAGUUAUCUAUUUGUAACUAUUUGGAGGCUUACUGUUCAGAAAAUUGGGUCAAAAGCCCCAAAUGCCAUCUGAAGACAAUAUCAUUCACAUUACCCGUGAUUAUCAACAAUGAACCGGGAGGAGAGGACUGGAGAUAUGUUUUCAAUUAUGACUCCAAAUGUGAGACGAAAAUAGAUUUCAAUAGUAAGCCGUUUUGCCAUAUAUUGGCCAAUGAUUUGGUGGCAAAUGUUAUCAAAGAUGGAAAAGUGGGGACUUAUAGACACAUAAAACUGCCACAAAAUUAUGACAAAACAGUUUCCAACGAGUAUUUCCUAAACUUGGGUCAAACCCGAGACAUAUCAGCACUUCAGUGGUUUAGACGUAUGCCAUCGGGACCUGAAUCUGAAUACACCGACUGUUCAAUAGGGCUGGAGUUUGCGGGCCGUCGUGCGGAUACGGGUCAUAGAGUUAUGGGUCUUGAAAUUGGCCGAUGUUUUGCGACUUCUAUAUAUGCAUCGACUCAUGCCAUUAGUCCCAUACCUGACCACUGGUCUAUGGACGACGCCGUAACUAUACUAAGCACAUAUAGUACAGCGUAUUAUGGGUUGAUUCAAAUGGCGAAGUUAAGGACAGGUGAGAGUGUUUUGAUUCACUCGGCGGCGGGAGGUGUGGGUCAGGCGGCCCUCAAUAUAUGCCAACACUAUAAGUGCGAUAUCUAUGCGACGGUCGGAACCGAUGAGAAAAAGGAGUUUUUGAUCAAAGAAUACAAAAUUCCUUCGAACAGAAUAUUCAACUCAAGGGAUACU